AGAGAGAGAGAGAGAGAGCAGCACAACACUACAACUUCCGGUACGUGUUCAUAUCCCAGCACCAAGAAACAGCAGGCUAGCUAGGGCCUCCUUCACUAAGCUUGUCCUUAUCUCUCUCCCUAACUAUCUGGCUCUCCCCCAUAGCGCUAAGGUUAACUAGCUACUUGUCCCUAAUCAAAGAGCUAUAGAAAGCUAACUAGCUAAGUUUGGCAUUCUAUAGUCGACCUUACGUCGUCUUAGCUAGACACAGAAAUGGCAGAAGAUAGGAGACUGCAGCAGGGUAAUAAUCUCAUAAUGAGUAAGGUUGGGAGCCUGGAGAGCAGCAUGAACGAUCAUCAUCGUCAUCAUCAUCAUGAGUUAAUGGGUGGUGAAGAGGUAGUCGUCACUGUGGAUUGGAGAGGCAGACCUUCUAAUGCCGCCAAGCAUGGUGGAAUGAAAGCUGCUUCAUUUCUUCUUGGGCUUCAAUCAUUUGAGAUAAUGGCAAUAGCGGCCGUUGGGAACAACCUGAUAACAUAUGUGAUAAAUGAGAUGCAUUUCUCAUUAUCCAAGUCUGCAAACAUAGUGACAAACUUCAUUGGUACCGUCUUCCUCUUGGCCCUUGUUGGUGGCUACCUCUCUGAUUCUUAUCUUGGCAGCUUCUGGACCAUGCUUAUCUUUGGCUUUGUUGAACUUUCGGGUUUCAUAUUAUUGUCAGUCCAAGCUCAUCUUCCGCAGCUAAAGCCACCACCUUGCAACAACAGCACAGCUGUUGGAGAAGACUACUGUGAAGAAGCAAAAGGGUUCAAAGCAUUGAUCUUCUUCGCGGCUCUCUACUUGGUAGCAUUAGGGAGUGGGUGUGUUAAACCAAACAUGAUUGCUCAUGGAGCAGACCAGUUCAACCCUGCAGAUAACCCUAAACAAUCCAAGAAACUCUCCACCUACUUCAAUGCUGCUUAUUUCGCCUUCUCCGUCGGAGAACUCAUCGCCCUCACGCUUCUCGUUUGGGUCCAAACUCACUCCGGAAUGGAUGUUGGCUUCGGUGUCUCUGCGGCUGUCAUGGCUAUGGGACUCAUCUGCUUGGUCUCCGGUACCCUCUAUUACAGAAACAAGCCACCUCAACGAAGCAUUUUCACCCCUAUUGCUCAAGUUUUUGUGGCUGCAAUACUAAAGAGAAAGCAAGUUUGUCCAUCCAAUCCUCACUUGCUUCACGGAAGCCAGAACAAUGACAAUGCUUUCUCUUCUGAUAUUGACCCCUUUAAUCACUCUCAAAAAUUCAGGUUCUUGGACAAGGCGUGCAUUAAGAUUGAAGAUGGCAGUAACACAAAGGAGAGUCCAUGGAGAUUGUGCACAGUUACACAAGUGAACCAAGUGAAAGUACUUCUCUCCGUGAUUCCAAUCUUUGCUUCCACAAUAGUUUUCAACACCAUUUUGGCUCAGCUACAAACAUUCUCAGUCCAACAAGGAAGUGCCAUGGACACCCAACUCACCAAAUCUUUCCAUAUCCCUCCAGCCUCACUCCAGUCCAUUCCUUACAUCAUCCUCAUCUUCCUUGUCCCUCUCUACGACGCUUUCUUUGUCCCUUUCACAAGAAAGCUUACCGGAAACGAAUCAGGAAUCUCCCCAUUACAAAGAAUAGGGGCCGGCCUCUUCUUUGCCACGUUUUCCAUGAUCUCAGCUGCUGUAAUGGAGCAGAAGCGAAGGGAAGCUGCCGUCACGUCCAACAAGACAUUGUCGAUUUUCUGGAUCACACCGCAGUUCUUGAUCUUCGGGUUAUCGGAGAUGUUGACGGCAGUCGGCCUGAUUGAGUUCUUCUACAAGCAAUCCUUGAAAGGCCGGAUGCAAGCAUUUUUGACUGCAGUGACAUACUGCUCGUAUUCAUUCGGGUUUUAUCUAAGCUCACUGUUGGUCUCUCUGGUGAACAAGAUCACUAGCUCUUCAUCUUCAUCAACUGGUAGUCAUGGUGGUUGGCUUAGUGACAAUGAUCUCAACAAGGACAGGUUGGACCUUUUCUAUUGGUUGUUGGCAGGGCUUAGCUUCCUCAACUUCCUCAACUAUCUGUUCUGGUCUAAGUGGUACUCUCACAGUCCAUCUUCAUCAUCAUCAUCAUCAUCAUCAAGGGCACAACAACAAGACCAUUAUAGAUAUAGCACUGCUGCCGCUGCUGCUACUUCUGCGGAUCAUAAUCUACCAUAAACGACUAAACAAGCUAGCAAUAUGGUGUUAAUUAUUAAGAAUAUAAUUGUGAAUUAAUUAUAAAGAGGAUUAAUUAAAGAAGGGCUCGAUCUAUAUAUUGAGGCUCACCGUAAUAUGUACAGAACACAUGCAUGUUAUCUUAUGACAUGCAUGUUGUAUAAGGGCAUAUAAGCCUCCCAAAUCCUCCCAAAUCCUCGAUUGGUAUUAAAUUAAGUUACUUGCUGAGGCUUUACAGUUUAAAACUUUGAAUAAUACAUAUUAUAAACUCAAACCGAUUGACG